ACGAAAACAACCGAAUUUUUGUGGUUCCGCGGUAAAAUCGCAGCAAACACUGAAAUGAGUAGCCGAAAAAGUCGCCUCAGCUUGGCCACAGCAACGCAGAAAGAUGCGAAAUCACCAAACACACGGCACACACCAUCCCGGAGAGCGAAAACCGCAGCGGCUAUGACUGCCGGUACACCGGCCACCAACGAACAGCCACCGACCGCGGAUGAAUGUCCGGAAAUUUCACCAUCGCAGGGAGGUGACUAUUCGCCUGUCGUACCCUACACACAGGACGCGUUCCACGCCAUCAACGGUGUGUCGUGGGAUUGGAACAGUCCACAGUCGCGGAUGCGGAUGCGGGGCACUGAUAGCGCCCAGAAACAAACCGGCCUUCAAUUACGCAAAACAUUCAAACAUUCCGAAUCGCCCUGUGCCCGAAUACCGAAGAAAGCCACCGGGUACAAUAAGUUCAUCUCCAAGCUCAACCUCCUGCUCGGGAAAGAGAAUUUGGCAGAGCUCGGUGAGGCCACGGAACCGGUUGCGUUCGAAAAGGAUGAUCUGGUACCUGCAGAAGAUGAACCGGUCUAUCUCGAUAAUACACCGGAUCUUUUGUUAAUCCACGAUCCAUCCACGCUGGACGAUGUGGUGCCGAGUGGCGAGAAGAAAGGAACACCAGCUGAAGCAGACAGUGAUGAUGAUCUUUUCCAGGAUGCCUGCAUCGACUCGGAAAGCAAAUCACAUGAUGAAGCUCUUUGCGAUGAGGCUGCCCUUGAUUCGGAGUUUGACGAUUCCAGGCUGAACAGUAUACUGAUAGCGGCGAGUCAAACAGUCGAGCAAAAUCUAGAGACCAAACCGCCAGCAGUAGAACCGGCAGAUGGCACCGAAAGUGCCACGAAAGUUAAGCCACGCUUCAGCGUUGCACCCGAAAUGAACGACUCCGAUAUUGAUUGUUUCCUGGUGCAAGCGUCGCUGAUGGCGGAAGAUAAACCUAGCAACGGAACUCAGCAGGCGUGUAAAGCUGCAACUGUUCCUUCGGAAAGCAUCGCAAGAAAGGAGCCGUCUCCGUCGGCAAGUGAAGGUGAUAGUUCCCACGGGGCCAGCGGUGAAAUAACGAUGUCGCAGGAAGAAAUAAAGGCGCUGAUCGAGAAGAAGCGCCAGGAAGCGCUCCGCCGGUUACAGAGCAGCCGACUGAAGCGAGCCAUGGCUAAAAAGUGAUUUCAAAUGCCGGGAGAGAUGAGAUAGGUUGAUGAUAUUUCUUGUUACAAACAACGCUCUCAGAUAUGGUACUCAGAUGGAUCAGUGUAAGAUAUAAUGAGGCCGGAACGGCGCAGGUUUCGGCUUUGCUUCCACUAUUCGUCAUAAUGACGCAGAACUACAAAUAAAGUCACAAAUUCGCUGACACACAGAGUGCAUAUAGAGAA